AUGGGUGGAUUUGGAGUUGUCUAUAAAGGAUAUCUCCCAAAUAGGACAGUUGUGGCAGUUAAAAGAUUGCGAGAUCCUAAUUUCACGGGGGAGGUACAGUUUCAAACUGAAGUUGAGAUGAUCGGUCAUGCUGUACACCGGAACCUUCUUCGGUUAGAUGGCUUCUGCAUGACACCUGAAGAGAGGUUGCUUGUUUAUCCUUACAUGCCAAAUGGGAGUGUUGCAGAUAGAUUAAGAGCACGUGGUGUUUUUGGUGUUUUCUGCAAAUUAUUCUGCUUAAAACUAUCAAUGGCCCCAAAAAGAGGACUAAUCCCAGAUCGUAUGGGCGAUAAAAUGGUGGGGCUCUUCUACAUAGCAGAACCAAACCCAAAUUUUACAGGUGAUAAAAUUGUGGGGCUUUUGUUGAUAAUCUUAUUUUCAAGUAUAACAUCAUUCUUUUUCUUGUCUGCAUCCACCAGAGCGACCCUUUUCUUCCCAAGAUCUGUACAAGAUUUAGCAGCAGAUGCUUUGUUGUAUCGAAGCUGGGCAAGAGCCCUCAGUCUAAGAUACUUGUUGCUUGAACUUCUUAGUCGUCUUUUGUUUCCCUGUCUUAGUUUCCCUGUCCUUUGGAGAAACUUUUCCCAUUCUAAACAUGGUUCUGCUAAUUGUUCUCCUUUUUGGCUAUCUCCAGAUUGGAGGAGAUGGUGGGUACGGCUAGGUUUUAGAAGGGAAAUUUCUCAGGUUAUGCUUGUUAAUUAG